UGCUUUAUACACUAUAAUCUUUUUGAAAUAACUAUGAUCUUUUUUUCAUUACAUUCCGAGUUUACGCUAGAGUUUACGCUUCGUCCGUCGCCGGCUUUACACCAAAAUCCUCUCAACACGCGCGCGAGAGAGCGGAAUUCUCUCUCCAUCGAUCGCUCUGCUCGGCGCUAUGGCGGCAACGGCUUCGUGACGUCAGAAAAGUCUUGCUCUCGCUCGGGUCUGGUCGCUGUUCGUGAACGUGCUGCUGCAAGUUCCUUGAUCCUGCCAUCCAUUCAACCUCCACUCCAUUGAUGUGCGAAAACAAUGAGAAUAGCCAAAAGUGUGAUCGCUCUUCCAAAAACCGUCUAGACCAGCAGUGGACAAAGGAUGUGUCGAGCGAAGGAAUCGUAGACGUGGAUCGUGCAUUUCUCGUGGGUUUUCUUUCCCAGCAGCGUGCAGUAUUAGCGUGAAUCGUGAAGUGAUCGUCGGUGCGAAAGUGUGCUCUUGUAGGCUUCGCCAAGGGGUUCCGAGGUUUUCUGGUGCCGUUUCCCGUCCGUAACCACCAUGUCACGGUGCUUUGACCGCGGCAACCGACUUGGUUCAAACGUCGUUACUUUCGAACGGCUUCCCCGUGUUCUGCCCCGCUCGAUCGUGUGCCGCUGCCGUUGAUUCAGUGCGCGUGAUUGUGGAGACGCCGCAUCGUCUUGCCGUUCGCAGAUCGUCAUUGUUGCAGCGAUCGUGGAACAGUUGUGUCAAUAAUUGUGGCUCAAAACAGUGAGCCGCUGACGAGGAUCAACUCAACGAAACGUUUGUGGUUGUUGUGCGUCGAGUGUGACGAGCAGUGCAAAACAUACAUUGGCGUGCUGAAAAGAUCACCAGAAGAUCAAUCGGAUCGGAGUAGUUUGGCUGGACCAUGGCCGACCAGUGCAGUAACAACAACGACGCCGUUUUGCAGUAGUGUGUAGUGUGAGUUUGCGUCUGUGAAUCGAAUAAGUGUGCAACAGGUGGUUCCUCAAGAGUGAGAAGUGAAGCUGUGCGCCGCGACACUCUUCCAAACAACAACCUGCGCCGUUUCGCAGUUCCAGCUCGAGCUCCACGUGCUAUCGUGAGUGUACUGAGAAGUAUCAAAGUGCAGUGAAUCGGAAAACGGUGCAUUUGGAGUGAAAAUGGGUGUUAUACGGUCCGCAGGCUGUGUCCUGCUCGUCCUCGGUAUGCUGCUCGCCGGUGGCAGCUGCUUCGUCAAGGACAUGAGCCAACGUCGGCACGAGAUCAACGAAAUGCGAGUUUGCAUUGGCACGAAUGGACGGAUGUCGGUGCCAUCGAACCGCGAGUAUCACUACAAGAAUCUGCGCGAUCGGUACACCAACUGUACGUACGUGGACGGUAAUCUGGAGAUCACCUGGAUACAGAACAGUUCCUACGACCUGGGCUUCCUGCAGCACAUCCGUGAGGUGACGGGCUACGUGCUGAUCAGCCACGUCGACAUACCGCAGGUCAUCCUGCCCCGGCUGCAGAUCAUCCGUGGUCGGACCACCUUCAAGCUGAACAAGUGGGACGACGAGUUCGGUCUGUUUGUGUCGUUCUCGCAGAUGAACACGCUGGAGAUGCCGGCCUUGCGGGACAUUCUCAGUGGUUCGGCGGGCAUCUUCAACAACUACAACCUGUGCCACGUGCGCACGAUCAACUGGGAGGAGAUACUGUCCGAUCCGCAGGCCAACAUUCGGUACACGUUCAACUUUACGUCGCCCGAGCGCGAAUGUCCACCGUGCCAUCAUUCGUGCGAGGUCGGCUGUUGGGGCGAAGGUGCGCACAAUUGCCAGAAGUUCAGCAAACUGAACUGCUCGCCCCAGUGCUCCCAGGGCCGUUGCUUUGGGUCGAAGCCACGCGAAUGUUGCCAUCUGUUCUGCGCCGGUGGUUGCACUGGUCCAACUCAGGAAGACUGUCUCGCUUGUAAGAACUUUUACGACGAUGGCGAAUGCAAACAGGAGUGUCCUCCGAUGCAGCGCUACAAUCCAAUCAACUACCUCUGGGAACCGAAUCCCGAUGGCAAGUACGCGUACGGUGCGACCUGUGUCCGGAACUGUCCGGAGCAUCUGCUGAAGGAUAAUGGGGCGUGCGUGCGGACGUGUCCCCCGAACAAGACACCGCAGAACGGUGAAUGCGUACCGUGUAAUGGAGCGUGCCCCAAGACCUGCCAGGGCGAGGGAGUCGUCCAUUCGGACAACAUUGGCAAAUACAAAGACUGCACCAUUAUCGAGGGUUCACUGGAGAUCCUCGACCAAACGUUCACCGGUUACCAGCAGGUGUUUUCGAAUUUCUCGUUCGGUCCACGCUACAUCAAGAUCCAUCCCGAUCGACUGGAGGUGUUCUCGACGGUGAAGGAGAUCACCGGGUUCAUCAACAUCCAGGGCGAUCAUCCGGACUUUACGAAUCUUUCGUACUUCCGUAACCUGGAGGUGAUUGGUGGACGGCAGCUGAAGGAGAACUUUUUCGCCUCGGUGUACAUCGUAAAGACGUCACU